AUGAUGCAACCACCGCCUCCUUACGUCGAACACCAGAAAGCCGUCACGAUUCGUAACGACGUUAAUCUAAAAAAGGAGUCUUUGAAGCUUGAACCCGACCAGGACAAUCCGGGUCGGUUUCUCGUCUCCUUCACGUUUGAUGCAACUGUUUCCGGAAGGAUUACUGUCAUUUUCUUUGCUAAAGAAUCCGAAGAAUGCAAUCUCACAGCGACAAAGGAAGAUAUUCUUCCACCAAUCACUAUGGAUUUUAAGAAAGGACUUGGUCAGAAGUUUAAACAAGCCUCUGGUUCGGGUGUAGACUUUUCGGUCUUUGAAGACGUUGAGCUGUUCAAGGCUGCAGACACUGAAAUCUAUCCGUUGGCGGUUAAGGCAGAAGCAGCUCCAUCGGGUGAUACUGAAGAAGCAGAGAGUUUGGAAUCGAAGAACGCGCAGAUUACUCAAGCGGUUUUUGAGAAGGAUAAAGGAGAGAUUAAGAUAAGAGUGGUGAAGCAGAUACUAUGGGUUAAUGGACUGAGAUAUGAGUUGCAAGAGAUUUAUGGGAUCGGGAAUACGGUUGAAGGCGAUGAUGAUUCGUCUGACGAUGCUAAUGACCCGGGAAAAGAAUGCGUUAUAUGUUUGUCUGAACCACGAGACACGACUGUUCUUCCCUGUAGACACAUGUGUAUGUGCAGCGGAUGCGCUAAGCUAGUUGUUCAGCCAGAAGCUGUAGCGGCAGAGGAACAACAGGAGCACACAGACAUUUGGAGCCAUUACAAUGGCGACAUUGACAGAUACUAA